AUGGUAGUCGCUGCUGGAAAGCCGCGGCCCGACCCGCUCGUCAUGCCCCGCGCGCCGGCGCGGCGGCAGAGCACGACGACGCCGCGCACACCCAAGACACCUCAGGACGAGGCCAUCGCCUUCUUCUCGGGUGAGAGCGACGGCGAGGCCGUGAUCGUCUGGGAGCUGUGGCUCGACGGCGACGGCGGCCCGCCCGAAGGCAAGAGUUACGUCCGCCUCCCACCUCCCGUCAAGCCCUACGUCCUCCGCUUCUCGAUCCACGCAGGCACACCGUGUACCCGCAACGCGGUGCUCAAGUCCGACUUCCCCAUGGACGGCGGCGUAUUCCAGCGCGGCGUGUGGUCGGAGCGCGAGCUCCCGUCUGAUGUCUCGAGGCCGAUCCACGUCGACCUCGCCAUCUCGGCGCCCGGCGCGUUCGCGUACUUCAUCGAACAUGACAGCCACGACGGGAGGGUCAUUGGCCGCAGAGGCUACUUCAACGUCGACCCCAUCAUCACGCUGCCGAAGCGCACGUCGUUCAAGCUCGCGCCCCCCGCGGACCCCCUGCAUGACACUACGUCAGCCGCUAUCGAGACGAAGAAGGUCGACCUGCCGCUCGACUCCCUGUCGAUCCUGUCCGUCAUCGCAAAGUGGCAGGGAAAGAUCAACGAGUGGGACCCGUACCUCGAAGAGGCGAGCCGGAGGGGUUACAACAUGAUCCACUACACGCCGCUGCACACGCGCGGGUCCUCGGGCAGCCCGUACUCGAUCGCGGACCAGCUCUCGUUUGACCCCACGCUCCUGACAGAUCCCAAGGCGGAGGAGGGUGGCAUCGAGCAGAUCGUCCAGACCCUUGAGCGUGCCAAGACCAAGUACGGCCUCGGUGCCAUCACCGACGUGGUGCUCAAUCACACGGCGUUCGACACGCCCUGGCUCGAGGACCACCCAGAGGCCGGCUACUCGCCGUACAACACGCCGCACCUCGCCCCCGCUGUCGAGCUCGAGGACGCGAUGCUCAAGCUCACCGACGACCUCGCUGCCAGUGGCCUUGGCGGCGCUAUCCGCGGCGAGGAGGACCUCAUGAGGAUCCGCGACGAGAUCCAGAGCGCCAUCAGCGGCGCCCACCUGUGGCAGUACUACGUCUUUGACGUUGCGACGUCCAUCGAAGAGGUCGAGGCGGCCCUCAAGACCGGCAAGGUCACAAAGUGGACUGGUGAAAGCCUCGAUGGCAAGUCGAUCACCGAGCUCGGCGAGAUCGCCCACCUCAUGCCAGGCUUUAUCGAGAACUACCGUACCUUCUCCAAGCGCUUCGGCACCCGUGUGCCUGCCGACAAGGCUGCUGGUUUCGCCCACGCUGCGUUCCCCAGUCUAAGCGGCGCGGCACUCGCCCGCCAGUGGGGCAAGCUCCUCGAUGUCGCCAACGUCAACCUCUACAAGGAGUGUAACGAGGACCUGGCUGCUGCGCGCGACAACAUCAUUGGCCGUCUGCGCUACACCCGCCUCGAGAAGAGCGGUCCCCGGCUCGGCGCCAUCAACAAGAAGAACCCCAUCGUCGAGCAGUACUUCACCCGUAUCCCCAAGACGGCCAAGACGAAGAAGUUCCCCGACGCGGCCCUCGCCGUUGCGAACAACGGCUGGAUGUGGGCCGCUGACCCGCUCAAGAACUUUGCAGAAUACCCCUCCAAGGCGUACCUCCGCCGCGAGGUGAUCGUCUGGGGUGACUGUGUCAAGCUCCGCUAUGGUCGUGGCCCGUCUGACAACCCAUGGCUCUGGGCCCACAUGACCGAGUACGCCGAGAUGCUCGCCAGCGUGUUUGACGGCUUCCGUCUCGACAACUGCCACUCGACGCCGCUCCACGUCGGCGUGCACAUCAUUGAUGCCGGUCGCCGCAUCAACCCCAACCUCUAUGUCAUGGCCGAGCUGUUCACUGGCAGCGAGGAGACUGACCUCAAGUUUGUCCGCGAGCUUGGCCUCAACAGUCUUGUCCGCGAGGCGUACAACGGCAACGAUACCAAGGAGUUUGCCCGCCUUCUCUACCGCUUUGGCGUCGGCAAGCCCGUUGGCUCUAUGGACGGCGCAGUUCUGUCAAAGAAGGGAGAGCUGCCCCCGCUCUACCAUGGCGGUGCUCAUCGCCCGUGUAUCGUUUACCCUCUGCCCGGCUCGGCGCCGCACGCCGUCUUCUACGACGUGACUCACGACAACGAAUCGCCUGCCCACAAGCGCACUGCCGAGGACGCCCUGUCCACCGGUGCCCUUGUGACCUUUACCAAGGCCGCCAUCGGCUCAAACAAGGGCUUUGACGACCUGUACCCCGAGCUGCUCAACCUCGUCACCGACACGCGCAUGUACAACGUCGGCGAUGACGCUAAGGGCGGUAUUGGCCGCGUCAAGCGUAUCCUCAACAACCUGCACGCCCAGAUGAUGUACGAGGGCUACGACGAGGGCCACGUCCACGAGGAGGGAGAGUACAUUAUGGUCCACCGUGUCCACCCGCGCACCCACAAGGGAUACAUGAUUGUCGCCCACACUGCCUUCCCCGGCAACUUUGGCCGUGGCUGGGUCAACCCCUUCAAGCUCUCGCGCACCAAGGUCGAGUUCCUGUUCGGCGCCACCCUUCACACUAAUAUUGGCGUGUGGAAGGACGACGACAAGGUUCACUACGGUAUUCCGUCAACGCUUGAAGAGAUUCCUGCCGAGUCGGUCAAGAUCGUCCAAGGCAGAGAUGACCACGGCGACUACACCGAGUUCACCGUGCCGGACAACUUUGACCCGGGUAGCAUCCUGGUCUUCUCGACCGUCAUGGACGAAAUGUCGAGCACGCUGGAGGCGUACUGCCGAUCGGGAACGAGCCAGGCGUUCGGCGAUCUCAACCUCGUCGAGCUCAACGUUGUCCUCCACCGUGCCGACGGCGAGGAGCGUGACGCCACUGGUGGCGAUGGUGUGUACAGCAUCCCCAACUUUGGCUCCUUGGUCUACUGUGGUCUGGAGGGCUGGAUGGCGCCUUUGAGAAACAUUGUCGAGCACAACGACCUUGGCCACCCACUCUGCGAACAUCUCCGACAAGGAACGUGGGCUCUCGACUAUGUGCAUGACCGCCUGCACCGACAGACGGACGUGUUCCCCAACCUGGAUACGCCUGCCAAGUGGUUCAAGGACCGCUUCGACGUGAUCAAGGCAACGGUGCCAGACUUUAUGCGCCCCAAGUACUUCUCUCUGGUCAUCUUUGAGGCGUACAAGGCGUCGCGCCAGGCAGUGUUCGAGCAGCAGUCCGAGUUCGUCUCUUCCGGCACGACAUUUAUCCAUGAUCUGGCACUCUGCUCGGUGCAGAUGUACGGCCAGGUCAAGUCGGCGAGCAUCAUCCCCAGCAAGCCUGUGCCUAGUCUUGCUGCUGGACUGCCGCACUUCACCGCUGGUUGGGGCAGGUGUUGGGGUCGCGAUGUCUUCAUCUCUCUCCGCGGUCUCUUCCUGACCACUGGUAACUACGAUGCCGCGCGUGACCACAUCCAUGCGUUCGGUGCGACCCUCAAGCACGGCCUGAUCCCCAACCUCCUCGACUCGGGCCGUAACCCUCGCUACAACUCGCGUGACUCGCCUUGGUGGUUUGUUCAGAACAUUCAGGACUACACCAAGCAUGCUCCUGACGGCCUGUCGCUCCUCCACGACCCUGUCAAGCGUCGCUUCCUCAAAGACGACACCUGGGUUGCAUGGGACGACCCGCGUGCCUACUCGUGGAGCAGCACCGUCGCUGAGCUCGUUCAGGAGAUUGUGCAGCGUCACGCCGAGGGUAUCGAGUUUAGGGAGUGGAACGCUGGUCCCAACAUUGACGGUGACAUGAGGGACGAGGGCUUCAACCAGAAGAUCUGGACCGACUGGGAGACGGGAUUCAUCCACGGCGGCAACCGCUUCAACUGUGGCACCUGGAUGGACAAGAUGGGCUCGUCGGCCAAGGCUGGCAACAAGGGCCUGCCCGCCACUCCCCGUGACGGCGCUCCUAUCGAGAUCACUGGUCUGGUCAAGUCGACCCUCACCUGGCUCGCCCACCUGAGCGAGAAGGGCCAGUUCCCCUUCGAGGGCGUCCACGCGACGAUUCGUGGCCAGAAGGCCUUUAUCACCUACAAGCAGUGGGCCGACUUGAUCCAGUUGUCGUUUGAGAAGCACUACUUUGUCCCCUCGGACCCUGCCGAGGACGACAAGUUUGUCAUCAACAAGGGCCUCGUCAACCGGCGCGGCAUGUACAAGGACGUGUACGGCACGCCCAAGGACCGCGAGUGGUCCGACUACCAGCUCCGCUGCAACUUUACGCUGCCGAUGGUGGUCGCUCCCGAGCUGUUCACGCCGUCACGUGCCAUCGAGGCGCUCCGUCUCGCCGACAAGGCCAUCCGUUCGCCGCUUGGUAUGAAGACGCUGGACCCCUCCGACUCGCAGUACCGCCCUGACUACGACAACCGCAACGACAGCACUGACAUCAGCGUUGCCAACGGCUGGAACUACCACCAGGGCCCCGAGUGGGGCUUCCCCCUCGGAUGGUUCCUCACCGCCUGGCUUCGCUUCGACCGCCUCGCCGGCGAGGGCACCAACGACCCCAGCGCCACGCUGCACUACAUCUCAGCGGUCCUCGUCAAGCUCCGCCAGCACAUUGAGAGUGACCCUUGGCGCGGCCUGCCAGAGCUCACAAACCACGACGCGUCGUACUGCCGUGACUCGUGCACUACGCAGGCGUGGUCGGCCAGCACCAUCCUCGACGUGCUCGAGGAGAUGCACAAGCUUCACAGGGAAGUCUAGGUUGCUCACAAAGUAGAAUAGAUUCUUAAAUGCUCAUUGUCAUGCAUAGUUUAGGCA